AUGAAAAAUUGGGUUAAAGUUAGUGAAAUUCUUCGGAAUGUUAAUACACCAAAGAUUCAUUCAAUGUAUGCUAAAGCACGAGAAAAUGAAGGAAGAUUUAAAGAAGCAUGUGCUGCUUAUAUGAGAGCAGCUAAAAACAAUGCAUUCAAAAUUCAACUUAAUCAAUUAAAAUCUCCUGAACAAGCUGUUAAAAUUGUUCGUGAAACUCAAAGUAUUGAAGGUGCAAAAAUGGUUGCAAGAUUUUUUGAAUCAAUUAAUGAUUAUAGUUCUGCAUCACAAUUUCUUGUUUUAUCAAAAUGUUAUAAUGAAGCUUUUACUAUGGCACGACAAAAUGGCCUUAUGGAACUCUAUGCUCAAGUUAUUGAAAAACUUCUUAAAGAUGGUUGUGAUAUUCCAUUAGAUGAUCUUGAAGGUGCAGCAAUAUUUUUUCAAAAUCAAAAUAAUCAUUUACUUGCUGGAAAAUUUUUUAUGUUUGCACAAAAUUAUGAGCGAGCAUUAACACAUUUAAUGCGUUGUACUGGUUCAAAUGAAAGUAAAGGUAUUGAUUUAGCUAUAACAUGUGUUGGAAAAGCACGUAGUCAACAAUUAACACAAAGAUUACUUGAAUAUCUACUUGGAGAAAAAGAUCAAAUACCAAAAGAAGCAAAAUAUCUUUUCCGAUUUUAUUUAAGUUUGGGUCAAUAUGUAGAAGCAUCAAAAACAGCUAUUAUAAUUGCUCAACAAGAUCAAGAAUCAGGAAAUUAUCGAAGUGCUCGUGAUGUUCUUUUUACAAUGCAUCAAGAACUUAAAGCACAACAUACAGCUAUACCAUUUGAAAUGGCUAAUAGUUUAAUGUUAUUACAUAGUUAUAUUCUUGUUAAAAUUCAAAUUAAACUUAAUAAUCAUAAUCGUGCAGCUCGACUUCUUAAUCGUGUUGCACAUAAUGUUAGCAAAUUUCCAGCUCAUAUUGUUCAAAUUUUAACAACAACAGUUAUUGAAUGUCAAAAAGCAGGAAUGAAUAAUUCAACAUUUAAUUUUUCACUUAUACUUAUGAGACCCGAAUAUCGUGAACAAAUUGAUCCGAAAUGUAAGAAAAAAAUUGAAGCACUUGUUCGAAAACCAGAUAAAAGUGAAAGUGAAGAAGAUUUUUCUCAGUGUCUACAUUGUCAUCAACGUGUACCUGAUUAUGAAUUAUUAUGUCCAAGUUGUCAACUUGCAUUACCUUAUUGUAUUGUUACUGGAGUUCAUGUUAUUCGAGAAGAUUUAUGUUUAUGUCCAUCAUGUAAUUUUCCGGCAAUUUAUUCAGAAUUUUUAAAAUAUCUGAGUACAGAUGAUAUAUGUCCAAUGUGUACAACAAAAAUUGAUGCAUCACGUAUUAUGAAACUUGAUAGUGGAGCAGCCGUAGAUAGUUUUCUUACACAAUCAUCGGAUAUGUCUUGA